AUGAAGACAUCUAUCGCUUACAUCAUCGCCGCGGCCCUCUUCGGAGCUACGCAGGCUGCCAUCACCCCGAUGAACAACAUCAUUCGCCACGAGUACAACCUCAACGCCAGAGCCGGUGUACACGGCAACGUUGAGAGAGACGAGCCCGCCGUGGCCCCCGAGGGCGAUGUUUUACAGCCCAUUGUCUAA